GUAUGACUGGGUAGGACUCACUGUGGCGGACUGGAAGACAUUUGUUAUUGUUGACGACAAAGAUUUACUUCAUGGAAAUGCCUUAUUUUAUAUAAUGACAUAAGAAAGAAACGGGCUUGAAGUAAUGUAAAACUACUAACAGUAAAUCAAAACAGGGCCUAAAAGAUCAGGGGAAGUAAAAGGGUUUUAUGGAUAAAGCGUCACUUAUUUGCUUUCACGAUGCCGAUUUUCUUCCGGAAAAUCAAAUGGCUUUAAUGGGUGGUGUGACCGAGAGUGACGAUUGAGACGUUACAUUGCGUGACAUGGAUAUCAGGAUUCCGCUGGCUAUAAUACAACGACGUGUUCAAAAUAAAUUAUGAUCUUCAACUGUCACUCGCUUUUCGCGCUUUUAUCGAGAGUAACGAAGCCCAGUUUGAAAGGCAGUGUAUCUAGCAGCAUGAUUGGAAAUAUUAGGAAUGGUAGUACAUGUAAUGGAGUCAAUGGAAGUACUGAUCAUUCAGUGAACAGAAACAUCACAGUGGCUAUAGAAGGAAACAUUGGUAGUGGAAAGACAAGUCUUUUGAAGUUUUUCAAGCAAAAUUCAUUGGUAGAGGUUAUUGAGGAACCUGUGAAAAAAUGGCAGAAUGUUGAUGGAAAUAAUACUUUGGAACUUAUGUAUAGUGAUCCAAAGAGGUGGAGUUACUUGUUUGAGUCCUAUGUUCUUCUCACAAUGAUGCAAGUUCACCAUAGACUAUAUCUAAGAACAUCACCAGAGAAAUGUAUGGAAAGGAUAAAGAAAAGGAGUAGAGAUGAAGAAAACUCAGUAUCAAUGGAACUUUUGAAUUCAUUACAUGAAAGAUAUGAAGAAUGGCUGGUGAAAAAGAACAAAUUCUCCCUUCCUGCUCCAGUAGUAGUGGAUUUGGAGAUUUCUUCAAAGAUGCUUAGUUAUACGGAUUCUCUGGUAUCAGAGAGUGCGAUGGAGGAAGAUCUGCGAGAGCGAAAUAUUACGGUUGCAGUAGAAGGCAAUAUAGGAAGUGGAAAAACGACUCUUCUGAAUCAUUUUAGACAGCAUCCCGAUGUGGAGGUACUGGAGGAACCUGUGGAUAAAUGGAAGAAUGUUGGUGGCAAAAAUCUCUUAGAGUUGUUUUACACUGACUGUCAAAGGUGGAGCUACCUAUUUGAAUCUUAUGCAGUUCUUAGCCUCAUGAAAAUUCACAAAAAACCACAUGUUACACCUGUGAAGAUGAUUGAAAGGAGUGUCUACAGUGGCUACUUCUGUUUUGAGCACAAUCUUUGUAAAAGUGGAAUGAUGUCCAAAGUAGAACACUCUGUCCAUAAUGAGUGGUUCAACUGGAUAACAAAGCAACAGCAACCUCACCUAGAUUUAAUCAUUUACCUAAAGACAUCUCCUGAAACCUGCAUGGAAAGGAUAAAAGCAAGGAAUCGAAGUGAGGAAAAGACAAUCCCCAUGGAACUCCUAAAUGCAUUACAUGAAAGACACGAGGAAUGGCUAAUUCAAGGAAAAUUUCCAGUUCCUGCUCCAGUUAUGGUUGUAGAUGGAAACAGAGACCUUGAAGAGAUGAUAACAUUCUACAAGAAAAAUGAUCAGUACAUUCUUGGAAUGAAACAAUGGCCACAGUUACACACUUUACAACAACCUGUGUGUUAAGGGACAAGAAAACUUGAGAGAGAAUGUAAUAUGAAUUGAGGUCAAAUAGGUUUCAGCCAAACUAUACUUUGGCACAGAGCACUCAUUAUUUGUGAUAAACACCAAAACUAACCUAUGGCUGUUGCUUCUCCUGUCCUAAAUAUUUCUGAAAAACACUGUAGGGCACACAUUGUACAGCAAGGUACUAUUUUACAUAGUUUAAAAAGAUCAAAUUUCAUCAAGCAUUGCAUUUUAUUGAGUAUUUUGAGGUUAACCAUCUGUUACGUGUAGGUGUACAAGUAAUAUUUGUAAUUUUUUGAGGGGCUUUCUUAUUCAUUCCACAUUUUAAGCAUCCGCUGUGUUUUUCAAUUUCUAUUGUUAGUAGAUUUUCAAAGAUUGUAUCUGCUUUUAACCUGUACAGUAACUUUGUUUCACCCUAAUAGUAAUGGUCAGGGCUUGCCCCUAACAGUAGCCACCUAGCCACAGACUUGUAGAAAUUCAAUUUUGGCUAGUGGUUUCCGAUUUCCACCGGCCAGUUUGGCAAGUAAACAAACUGAAAU